UCUUAACUUUCACACGUCCGCAAUCUGGAGCGCCAACCAUUGAAGAUAAGCAGACUAACCCACAAAUUCACUUGACACGUGUCAUCAUUACAUUAUUUCCUUCCUAAAUUUCUCCGAGAUUUUCUAAGAAUUUACCAUGUUAUUUGUCCUUUAGGCUCUGGGUUUCCAACUCUUGCUGCUGUUGUUGGUGAGAUUUCAACAAACAAAAAACCCUUCCUUUAUAGAUUAAAAAAGAAAAUGAUAGUCUUUUUUUUUAGUAUAGAUAGAGAAAGGAGUGGGAAAAGAACAGUAAAAGAUGUCAACAGCUUCUUCAUUGUGUUCAUCGACUCAGGUUAAUGGCUUUGGAGGCGGACUUAGGCUUCUAAGAACCCAUCUUCCUCAAUCCAAGACACUUACCUUCACAAGGAGGAGAAUUGCUACGAGUUGAUAAAUUCUCAAAAAACGACAUUAUUGUUUCUCCAUCUAUUCUCUCUGCUAACUUUGCAAAGUUGGGGGAGCAGGUGAAAGCAGUUGAAAUGGCAGGCUGUGAUUGGAUCCAUGUUGAUGUAAUGGAUGGUCGAUUUGUUCCAAACAUUACAAUUGGACCACUAGUGGUUGAUGCCUUACGACCUGUGACGGAUCUUCCACUGGAUGUACAUUUGAUGAUUGUGGAACCAGAGCAGCGAGUUCCAGAUUUUAUUAAGGCUGGAGCAGACAUAGUCAGUGUUCACUGUGAGCAAUCUUCAACCAUUCAUUUGCAUCGUACUCUUAAUCAAAUAAAAGGCCUGGGCGCUAAAGCUGGAGUUGUCCUAAACCCUGCCACCCCGCUUAGUACAAUAGAAUAUGUACUUGAUGUGGUUGAUCUAGUCUUGAUUAUGUCAGUCAACCCUGGCUUUGGCGGGCAGAGCUUUAUUGAGAGCCAAGUGAAGAAAAUCUCUGACUUGAGAAGAAUGUGUGCAGAGAAGGGAGUAAACCCAUGGAUUGAAGUGGAUGGUGGAGUUGGUCCUAAAAAUGCAUAUAAGGUUGUUGAGGCUGGAGCUAAUGCUAUAGUUGCUGGUUCAGCUGUGUUUGGAGCCAAAGAUUAUGCUGAAGCUGUUAGAGGAAUCAAAACCAGCAAAAAGCCAGAAGCAGUGGCCGUGUGAUUUAUGACCACCAAAGAUCUGAUUGGCUCCAAUGUGUGAUAUGUGUAUUUACAUUCCCAUCUAUGUUGCCCUCUAAACUUCACAUAAUUUUGCUGGAAUAUAUUUUGGUGUAUAAAUUCCAAAGCUAUUACACUAAAAAAAAAAGAAGAUAAAAUGAAAUUUCCAAUUGGCCUGUUUUCUAAGAUUCGUCUCAAUAACCUAUUGUUAUAUCUGCUUCUUGGAUUGCUUGAAUCCUGCUAUAUGAUGCAGAACAAAAAUAAAGAUACUUUUAAGGAGUGUUAAAGCAUGCUGUGACACAUUUUUGGUUUUCUUUGCGAUAAGUUUGUUGUUUAAGUUGGCAUCU